AUUUAAAUAAAAAAAGACCCAGAAACAUUCAAGGUGCAUGUAAGAUCUGGCCCACAAUAAUUGACCUUCUGGUCUUCGAAUACACAGCAUGUUGGUUUGUGUAUUUCGAAAACCCCUUUUGCGUUGCAUGAUCUCAACACAAUUUUUUUCCCCUUCCAAUUUCAUUUAAUUCACACGCUAAAUGCCCAAUUCUUAUAUUUUGGACCCAAUUCCAAUUGUGUUUAAAUUCACCCGGCUGGCUUGGUUCUCUCUGCCGUUCUUGUGAUGUGUAGCAGAAGAAACAUUGAAUAACACUUGUUACAAAUUGCAAUUGCAUUGACAUGUAAUGUAAACUGGGUUUCUUUCAUUUGUUUCUGUGGAUCCAGAAUUGGACGCAGCGAAUGCACCCAUCACAAUUUCAGUUGAGAAUUUUCUUGAUCCAGCCAUGAUCGAACAAGCUUACACAGAGGAUGGCAGGAACAACGAAGCUGCUUUGAUGCAGUUAUAUCAUAGGAACCUUAAUUAUAGUAUACAAUGCAAUGGCAAUCCUGCUGGAGUUUGCAUAACACUAAACAAUGAGAGAGAAUUAAUUCCAUAUGGCAUGCAUGAGUUAGAAAGCAUACCAAACCCUCAUAUGUAUCUUACUUUCAAUGAAAAUUUAAUGGCAGCAAGGAUUCAACCGGAGUUCUGUGUGUAUUAUCAAGAUGUUUUUCAGACACACCCAGGCCACAUCUUGAAACAGGGUCCAGUUCAAAAUAAUUGGGAAUAUAUGGUGCAACCGGAAAGCAUAACUGAAAAUGUGCCUUAUAAAAUGCUCCUCCAAGGGAUUUCCCAGGAAAUGCAGGCCCAAGAGUUUCAAUACUUUGUUGUGAUUGAUUUUGAGGCAACUUGUGACAUGGGUACGCGUCUAACUCCACAGGAAAUUAUUGAAUUUCCUUCAGUUCUAGUCAAUGGUGUGACAGGGAGAUUGGAAGGGCAUUUCCAAACUUAUACAAGACCUGUUUAUCAUCCAGUGCUUACUGAUUUCUGCAAGGAGCUUACUGGCAUUCAGCAAAGUCAGGUUUCUGGAGGAAUGUCUUUGGGUGAAGCCUUGUUAAUGCAUGACAGUUGGUUGGAGGAAAGAGGAGUUAAAAAUACCAACUUUGCUAUUGUGACCUGGUCUGACUGGGAUUGUGAAGUAAUGUUGGAGUCUGAAUGCAACUUGAAGGGCAUACGGAAGCCUAGCUACUUUAACAGAUGGAUCAAUUUGAAGCGUCUCUUUUGUAAUGCAUUUGAUCAACUUCGAUGCAAUCUUAAGGGUGCUGUACAGUUAGCUGGGCUUUUGUGGGAAGGUCGAGCUCAUUGUGGCUUGGACGAUGCCAGAAACACUGCUAGACUUCUUGUAGAUCUUAUGAGACGUGGUCUCAAAUUGUCAAUUACCUCUAGGUGUCGAUCAAAUGUAUUAAAGCAUACACCACCUAUGCAAAAGCAACCAAAGAACUCUGUAGGUGGAAGCUUUGUGUCAGAAGCAACUGUACAUGGAUUGGGUAAUGGGCUACUGUUAAGUUCAACAGAUGAAGGAAUGGAAACAGGGACACUUUGUUUCUGUGGGGUGAGGAGCAAUAAAUGCAUGAUUAAGAAACCAGGGCCAACACAUGGAAAAUACUUUUUUGGUUGUGGUAAUUGGUCCAUUAAAAGAGGUGCAGCUUGUGCAUAUUUUGAAUGGGCUGUUCCAGAUAUGCCUUUGAAUGCUUAGAUUGUGAAGAAGGUUUUAUGGUUAAUUAAGGAGGCAGCUAGAAGGGAUAACACCAAUAUUUGUCUAUCAAUCGUUAUCUGCCAUUCAAUUGUUUUCAAAUAUUGGGUGGCUCUUCUUCAGAGGAAACAAAUUUCUUAGCUGUUGGCAAUAGUGAAGUUGGUCAUUUUAUUGUUGCACUGUGCACAUUCUGGUAUUUUCACAAGAAGAAUUAGUGUUUGGUAUUA